UGCACUCUGGGUAGUGGGCUGACAGUGACGCCAAAGAUGGCUGCUUACCUCAGGCUUCGUAGGGAUCCCUUAGCUGGAAGCUUAUGAAUGAAGUUUUUAUUUGUAAAUUGCCUCAAACUGCACGUGUAAAUUGCAACAGUCGUGCCGAUCAAUCUGUGGAUGACUUGACACAGUAAUUUACCGCAUCCCAAUUCCAAACAAGUGAGGUUAAAGUCUCGUAUGAAUCCCGACGCGAAGGAGGACUGUGAGUGUGCGCCACCACAGGCCGACAUUAGCCCAGCAGGAGGAGCUGACAGAGAAAACGACGAGCUUGAAGUAGAAAACCCAGAAGCAAGCCGAAUCAGGAAGCGAGCAGCUGCCAAGCAUCUAAUAGAGCGCUAUUACCACCAGUUAACUGAGGGCUGUGGGAAUGAAUCAUGCUCCAACCCAUGGUGUGCCUCAUCGAAUGGCUUCCAUCGCAUGGACAACAAUGCGGCAGCAGUCAAAGCCCUCGAGCUCUACAAGGUCAAUGCAAAACUGUGCGACCCCCACCCCUCAAAGAAAGGUACGGCUUCGGCCUACUUGGAGAAUAGCGCUCACUGCAACUUGCCGUGCAGCAAUACCAAGACGAACAACAAGGAUGUCCACUCUGUACGUGACAAUUUCAAAGAUGUGAAUUACCUGACAGAGGAGAAAGUGUAUGAGAUUUUGGACAUCUGUGGUGAGAAGGAGGAUUACUCCCCUCUCAUCAGAGUAAUCGGCCGUGUGUUCUCCAGCGCUGAGGGCCUGGUGCAGAGCUUCCGAGGGUCCAAGCCUCACACCAAGGAGGAGCUCAAGUCACUCCAAGAAAAAGACGAGGACAAAGAUGAAGAUGAGAAGGAGGCUGCUGCCUGCUCUACUACAGCUAUGGAGGAGGACUCCCCGACCUCUGCUUCAUUAAGGCUUGGAGAGGGAUCAUCAGGGUACAACGAUAUCCAAAAGCUGCCCCCUGACGAGGUUUCAGUGGACAUCGAAGCUGUACGACGCGUGUACGAACGGCUCCUGUCUAAUGAGAAGAUAGAAGCUGCUUUCUUGAAUGCACUGGUCUACCUCUCACCUAACGUAGAGUGUGACCUGACCUACCAUAAUGUGUACUCUCGUGACCCAAAUUACCUAAACCUGUUUGUUAUAGUGAUGGAGAACAGCAACCUCCACAGCCCAGAGUACUUGGAGAUUGCACUUCCGCAAUUCUGCAAAGCCAUGAGUAAACUCCCUCUGGCCGCUCAGGCCAAACUCUCUCGACUGUGGUCACACUACAGCGCUGAGCACAUUAGGCGCAUGGUGGAGACGUUCCAGCAGCUCAUUACCUACAAAGUCAUUAGCAACGAGUUCAACAGCCGCAACCUGGUAAACGAUGAUGAUGCCGUUGUGGCAGCGACCAGGUGCUUGAAAAUCGUUUACUAUGCAAAUGUACUUGGUGGUGACCUUGAUACAGAGCACAACGAAGACGAAGAUGAGGAGCCCAUUCCGGAGUCCAGUGAAUUUAUUCUGCAAGAGCUACGAAGUGAGGAGAGGCGGAACAAAAAGGGUCCACGAGUGGACCCGCUAGAGACUGAGUUAGGCAUCCGCACCAACGACUGCCGGCGGCCACUUAUUCUCUUCGAAGAGUUUGUCAAUGAGCCUCUGAACGAGGUUCUAGAAAUGGACAAAGACUAUACUUUCUUUAAGGUAGAAACCGAAAAUAAGUUCUCCUUCAUGACAUGCCCCUUCAUCCUGAAUGCUGUCACCAAGAACCUGGGUCUGUACUACGACAACCGCAUCCGUAUGUACAGCGAACGCCGCAUUACGGUGCUUUACAGCCUAGUGCAAGGCCAACAGCCCAACCCGUAUCUGAGGCUGAAGGUCCGCCGAGACCACAUCAUCGACGAUGCUCUGGUCAGGCUGGAAAUGAUCGCAAUGGAGAAUCCUGCAGACCUUAAGAAACAGCUGUAUGUGGAGUUUGAAGGGGAGCAAGGUGUUGACGAAGGAGGCGUUUCCAAAGAGUUCUUCCAGCUUGUAGUUGAGGAGAUCUUCAACCCAGAUAUUGGGAUGUUCACAUAUGAUGAGCUCACCAAACUCUUUUGGUUCAACCCUUCAUCGUUUGAAAAUGAGGGCCAGUACACACUGAUUGGCAUUGUUCUCGGCCUCGCCAUCUACAACAAUUGCAUCCUCGAUGUUCACUUUCCAAUGGUUGUCUACAGAAAGCUAAUGGGCAAGAAAGGAACAUUCAGGGACCUUGCUGAUGCCAACCCUAUUCUGCACCAGAGCCUAAAGGAACUUCUUGAGUAUAAGGGCAGUGUGGAGGAGGAUAUGAUGAUUACGUUCCAGAUUUCUCAGACGGACCUCUUUGGAAACCCUCUUAUGUAUGAUUUAAGGGAAAAUGGCGAUAAAAUUCCAGUGACGAAUGAAAAUCGCAAGGAAUUUGUGGCUCAGUAUGCAGAAUACAUGCUUAAUAAAAGCGUUGAGAAGCAGUUCAAAGCUUUCAGGAGAGGCUUCCACAUGGUCACCAAUGAGUCACCACUCAAGUACCUUUUUCGGCCUGAAGAAAUCGAGCUGCUGAUCUGUGGAAGCCGGAACCUUGACUUCCUGGCACUAGAAGAAACUACAGAGUAUGAUGGAGGCUACAACAAAGAUUCUCGAAUCAUCAAAGAAUUCUGGGAAACGUUGCACUCUUUUAGCGAGGAGCAGAAGCGCCUCUUCCUGCAGUUCACCACUGGCACUGAUAGAGCGCCAGUGGGCGGGCUUGGCAAACUGAAGAUGAUUAUCGCCAAGAAUGGGCCUGACACAGAGCGACUACCAACAUCUCAUACUUGCUUUAAUGUGCUACUGCUGCCAGAGUACAGCAGCAAGGAGAAGCUGACUGAGCGACUGCUGAAAGCCAUCACCUAUGCCAAAGGGUUUGGCAUGCUCUGAGGCCCUGCCCGGUACAACUUUUACCACCACAUGUCCCUAAUGCACUGCAAAUAGACUCCUUCUCUGCCCAUUUGGUCCCGCCCUUCUUUUUUUAAUCCGACAAGAUGUAAGCGGCGGCAGAGGGGAAAAAAAUGGUAGUCCCUCCACUGAGCCUCCAUAGUCAAGCAACAUUAUCAGUCCGUGUAAGCACAGAGAUGUCCUGAUCAAAGUACAUGGGAUGUGCUGCUGCCUCCCACCUUUCUUUUUGAUAUAAAGAAAGAAUCAUUUAUGUAAUUAUUUAUUUGAAGUUAAACCUGGGUUUUUAAUCCUCAGUGAAACAGAACAUGGUAAAAAGUUUAAUACUAAUCAAUCAAUGCAAAUCUGGGACAAAGCACUAUAACCAAUUGCUUUUGUCUGGCAUUACUGAACAUAAAGUUAUCUUUCGAGGUUAGUCUUUUUUUAAGAGUAGCAUUUGCUACUCUUAAAAAAAACAGGAAAACGCUCACAAUUCCAAUUGCAAAGCAACAGUUUUUUGCUUCAAUUCUCUCUUUUCAAUCUUAGGGGAGGGCAUCAUUAGACCGAGCUGUGUAAGUGCACUUAGACUUUUUUCAGAAUGUUUUUUGUGGGGGGCCCACAGGUUGCCACGAUUGUCUGAAGCAUUUUUUGUUUCCAUGUCUUCCUGUGUUGACGAUACUUAAAUAAAAACAAAACAAUAUUUAUA